AUGGACAGGUGUGCGAGUGCCUCAUCGUUCGGAAGUGGGAGAUGCCCCGCGGCAGAAUCGCAUGUGGGCUCAUCCGUUUUAGUUGGGGAUAGCCGCCGAGUGAAUUUCACGCCAAAAACAGGACGUGCAAAAGCGGAUGGUGGGGGAUCUUCGGGUACUUCUUCACAGAUGUAUGAACUUACAAACGCAUCAAAUUUGCGGGCUGCUCAGACUGCGUCUGCCCCGGCCUCUGAGAAGUCUCGUGCGCCAGCUGCACCAAGAGGGUUGACAUCGCUACAUCGACAGGCAGAGAGGCUGGCACCCAACUCCUCCGCAGGACAGGAGCGAAGACGAGACAACGCACUUUCCUUCUCCCGAGUGCAGGCGACUGGGGUUCAGGGGUCUCUGGGGAAGGAACCGGACUACUGGUCAUACACCGCACCGUCGCCCUCAAGUGCUUCGCACCAUGCAUUUUCCGUCAACUCCAAAUAUGACAUGAAAUCGGAGUAUAUAGGGCCUGCUCCUCAGAGUGGUAGUGCAGGAGCUGGAAUGACUGGUAACAUUGAACGGAUCUUGGGCACUAGCCACUCGCCUGCCGACAAGAAGAUAGUGCCUCCCGACUCAAGCCUGCGUCAGGCGGUUGACGCCCCACGUGAUGAAAGAGAAUUCGAGGAACAGGAACUGUUGCAAGACGAUGCAGAAUGGGAGGAACCUGGAGAGGAGAAAAACGCGGAGGACUACGGUGAUGGCGUUGCAGAGGCACUGUGGGAGAAGCGAAUUCCCCAGACGUCGACACAGAAUCCUAUUUCCUCGCGAACACCUAGAGAACGUUGUGCCUACACAACAAGCGACGACUGGGCAAUUUUUGCCCUACACAAUCAAUAUGUACGUCCCCUAAGGGACCGCGAAUGGGUCCCGGGAGAGCCAUGCAUCAUCCGCAGGAAUUCCUUUGAACUGCCGCCGGGUGCCUACCGUUACUCAGAGAGCGCCUGUGGCAUUCCUGCCACUGCGUUUGAGAGCUUCGUCUUUCCCAACCCGCCACGGCAGUUCCUCAUGGCCGCUCGAGGGAGGACCUCUGUCAAUGUAGACUUUGCCCCUCCUUCUUCCCAUGGCAGGAAGAGCGCGUUACGGAGCGGCCCACGAGGACGCUGCACUCAGCUAACUCAGGAGCAACUUCUCGACUUAGAGAGAAUGUUAUGGUUUGAUCCGGAGCCGCGAUUGGAGAGGCCAUUUCGACUGUACGCUGAUUCAAAGACAUGUCUAAAGGGCCGCCUUCACGACAUCGGUCAUAUAAUGAGAAGUGGCUGGCUAGCCGUGCCGCGACAAGAACCGAACACCAGCACAACUGGAGACCCUCUGGUACUUCAUGAGGAGCUCCGAAAUAGGUUGCAGCUUAGUAACUAUGAAAUUGAGCAUGGCGCUGCAUUCGGACGACCUUUGCGUAGAAACCUGCACCGUGUUAAUCACGGCGGUCGAAAAGACACGCUGGGGGAUAACGGGAAGCUGCUCGUUUUUCCUUGUUACGUUCACCGAUAUUGA